UUUUUUUUUUUUUUUUUUUUUGAUUAACCAGGUGGUUGACCCUUUCGGGACCCACCCACCUAGGCCCGGCGCCAGCCUGUGUCUGUACCGUUUAAGGCCCUGGACACGCCUCCCCUCCCCGCGAGUCGAACUCGGGUUGCCCCUCAGUGACCGAAGCCUGGGGUGUACCACUGGACUACGAGGUCCGGGUUGCACUGUGGCAUGUUGUUAUUGAGUCUUCUCCUGUUUCUCUUCUCUCUUCUUCAUCUUCUUCUCUGCGUCAAACUUUCCGAAUCAAAUGGGCAAAGCGAAGAACAGCUUUUCCGCGAAUCAAGACACCCAGUCCACCGACUCCCUUCCCUCUUCUCCUUCUCACUCUGGGAAGCUCUGGACGAGAGGGUGCGCAGAGCUUGUGAGAAAACUAGGGAACUUAAGAUUCCCGAUGUAAAGACUCUGCAUGUGCUUAGGAAGCUACUUAGAGAGAAUGGUGAUAAUUGGAAUCUCAUCAAACUUGACAACUACACUGCAUUGAUCGAUGCUAUCUACUCUCUUGAAGAAGAGAACGAGAUUUCAUCUAACAACAAUAGAGGGAAGAAUCCUGUUGUGGGCGCUGACACUCUGCGUAGAGUGAAGAGAAACGAGAAACAAAGCGAAGGUUCAUUUGAGGGAAGAAUGCUGUGA